GCGAGAGCUAGAGAUGCAUACCUGCGUGUGCCUGUCGGCUCUAACUUCGUGCGAACGCAGCGACGUAACGAGACACGAGCCUCGUUACUCACCGAACAAAUCACUUGGAUAACCAGCCACUGUGUAUGCAAUCCAUUGCUCAAAUAGAGGACAUUGUCCUAGCUACUUCGACGGGGUUGAAAUAAGUUUCUACAGCAAAGAACAACAGCUUGGGGUGAAAUUUGGCUUUAUAAUAUAACUAAAGACAAACAUGGCUGAUUUUUCCCCUGGACCGGUCCACAAUGCAAUGCGCCGCAUGACUGAGCUGAUCGACCUCGAAAACUUCGAGAGCUACUUUGACGAAAUGUUGCUUGAUAGUAGCCAUAGCAACAGUAACCAUGGGAAAGCUGAGAGCAAGGAGAGAGAAUUUGAUGACAUAAGUGUCGAUUUGUCCCCUCAAGAGCUCACGGUCCCAACAGACAGUGAUAGCAGGCGAAGGUCACAAGCACACAUCGUCAGCAUCAAGUCCUUCACUGAAAUUCUUUACGAAAGAACCGAGGGGAACAAAGAGAUUACAAAAGAAGAACCAUCUCUUGCCCGUGUGAACACCGAUACAAAAAAGACAGAGAAAGCGCGGGAGAAUACCAUCAACGUCCAAGCAAAACGAAAGAAGAAAAUUAGCACAGCGUCUCGUGUGAGUGCCACUUCCAGUCUAGAGAAGAAUGCGUGGGGACGAUCAAAACGAAGCGACGAACGGGUUCAUCCGAGGGAAAGGCAGAACUGCUGUCUCUUAGUCUGUAAAACUCUAUGGGGGCUUAACAAAGAUUACAAGUGGUACAGUUUAAAGGGGAAAGGAAUCUGCUGGCUGGUACCCAUGGUGCUAAUCUACACUCUCAUCUGCGUGCUUCUUCUUCCCUUCCUGAUCUGCGCCGCAGCUGUGUCAGCGGUCUUGCUUUGCGCAAGCGUUUGCUCUUAUCUCUCAUUCGCUCAGAAAAAAGUCGGCGUUUCUCUAGACGAGGAGAAAGAUAAGACAUGUCUCGAGGCCUUGUGGUGGUGGGCAUGA